CCGCUGUAGCAAAAAAAAAAAAAAAAAAAAAAAAAAAAAAAAACACAGCCGAAAAGAGCCGAGUAACCUCAGGCUACCUGAAGCUAACGCGCCCGAAUCGGGGCCAUGGCGUCAGAACCGUGUUCACAGCUCGAAGCCGAACUCUAUUUCCUGAUUGUCAGAUUUCUUCAGUCUGGACCGUGCCAAAAAUCAGCACAGACUCUGCGGGAGGAGCUGGAGGAGUUCGAGAUCAUCCCGGAGCGCUGGAGCUGGGACGGAAAACGGUACAAGAGAAACUUCCAGGAUUGGGUGGCACUGAAUCAGCACGUCCCAGCAGAUUACCUCUUGCGUGUGUGUGAGCAGUUGUGUCCGUUGGUGGACGCACACAUCCCUCCGAGUGUCCCCGGACUCCGCAGUCUGCUGGGGAGCGGCCGCCAGUCUCUACUGCGUACUGCCAAGAGUUCUUCUCACACAGUAUGGACAGGUUCUGCUGUAGCUGCUCUGCACAGGGGGCGGCCCCCCGAACCGCCAAUCAACUUCCCCAAGCCGCCAAAUAUCGUGUCAAUCAUGGGCGGUCGCCAGGCAACCGGGGUGGCCCGCUUUGGACACGCCCUCCCGUCCUGCACCUACCAGCACAUGAAGAUGCACAGGAGGAUUCUGGGACACCUGUCCUCUGUGUACUGCGUGGCCUUCGACCGAACGGGCCGCCGCAUCUUUACGGGUUCAGACGACUGCCUAGUGAAGAUCUGGGCGACGGAUAACGGGCGUCUCUUGACGACGCUGCGUGGUCACGCGGCCGAGAUCUCCGACAUGGCGGUGAAUUACGAGAACACGCUCCUGGCUUCGGCCAGCUGUGACAAGGUGAUCCGAGUGUGGUGCCUCCGAACCUGCGCACCCAUCACUGUCCUACAGGCACACACCGCCUCCAUCACCUCCAUACAGUUCUCUCCAUUCUCUUUCGGUUCUACGCGCUAUCUGGCCUCCACAGGAGCCGACGGCAUGGUCUGCUUCUGGCAGUGGAACAGCCUCAGCAUGAAAUUCUCCGAAAAGCCAGUGAAGUUCGCCGAGCGUUCUCGUCCUGGGGUUCAAAUAUCCUGCUGCUCCUUCAGUACCGGUGGGAUGUUUCUUGCCACUGGAGGGACGGAUCAUGUGAUCAGGGUGUAUUAUCUGGGCGCUGAGACUCCUGUGAAGUUAUCGGACCUGGACUCGCACACGGAUAAAGUGAUUGCUGUGCAGUUCUCCAACAACAGCGACAGUCUCCGCUUUGUGAGCGGCAGUCGGGACGGAACAGCGCGCAUCUGGCACUACCAGCAGCUGGAGUGGAAGAGCGUGGUGCUGGACAUGAGCACCAGACUGCCUGGGAGCGCCGCCGCAUCAGGGGAGGACAAGACCACCAAGCUGGUGGUUACCAUGGUAGCAUGGGACCGCGGUGACCGAUCGGUCGUCACCGCUGUCUCCAACUUACUCCUCAAAGUCUGGAGCUCCACAAACGGCCAGCUGCUACACGUGCUCUCGGGUCACGACGAUGAGGUCUUUGUCCUGGAGCCCCACCCCUUCGACUGGCGCAUCAUGCUGUCGGCCGGCCACGACGGCAACAUCUACAUCUGGGACCUCAGCAGAGGCAACAAAAUACGCAACUUCUUCAACAUGAUCGAAGGUCAGGGUCACGGGGCGGUGUUCGACUGCAAGUUCUCGGCUGACGGUCAGCACUUUGCCUGCACGGACUCGCACGGGCAUCUGCUCAUCUUCGGCUUCGGCUGCAGCCGACCCUACGAGAAGAUCCCAGAUCAGAUGUUCUUCCACACGGAUUUCCGUCCGUUGAUCCGGGAUUCCAAUAACUACGUCCUGGACGAGCAGACGCAGCAGGCGCCGCACCUCAUGCCGCCACCAUUCCUCGUGGACGUGGACGGGAACCCGCACCCUCCGAGCUUCCAGCGCCUCGUACCCGGCCGAGAGAACUGCAACGAGGAGCAGCUGGUGCCUCAGCUGGGCUACAUGGCUAACGGUGACGGAGAGGUGGUGGAGCAGGUGAUUGGCCAGCAGACGGCGGAGGAGGGUCAGGAAGAGAGCCCGUUGGACAAUUUGAUCCGGCAACUUCAGCACCAGCAGGACGGGAGACUCGGCUCAGGAAACCCGGCUGCAGGUGGUGAAGCCGAAGGCGGUGGUCCUGUCCCCGUCCUGUCGCCCCCUAACGUCGGCCUGCGCAGGAGCGGGCAGGUGGAAGGGGUUCGACAGAUGCACGGCAACGCCCCCCGCAGUCAGAUGGCCACGGAGAGAGACCUGCUGGUGUGGAGCCGCCGCGUCGUCGUCAAUGAAGUCCCUUCAGGAGUGCUCCGGAUAAUGGAGGAGAGUCGACUGGCUAAAGGAGAACUGGAGCGAGCUCUCUAUACCAUGGAGAAGAAGAAAAAACCUGCCCACGCUACUCGAACAGAGCCGGUCGACGUUUCGGGGCGCUCUCUGCGGAGACCUCAGAGAAAACAGCAGCAGAAGAGACACGCGUAUCAUACGCGGUCGACGCGGGAGAGGAGGCGUGCGCGUACGCUGAUGGACUCGCGCGAGGACAGCCUCAGCGAGUCAGACAGCGAGGCAGAGCAGGAGGAGGAACAGAACGAGAACAGCGACGCGUCCUCCGAAGGCGACGCUCAGUGGGAGAACGCCAGCAGCUCAAGUGACUCCUCCAGCGAGUACUCCGAUUGGACGGCGGACGCGGGUAUCAACCUCCAGCCGCCCAAACGACUCACCAGAAGGCCGGCUCGUAUCGCCGGGAGCAGCAGCUCAGAGGACGAAGGGGAGGGGCGAAGAGAGGGGGAGGAGCGUCGCAAGAAGAAGAAGAAGGAGGAAGACGAGGAUGAGGAGGAGAAGAAAAAGAAACCCAAACAAACUAAACAGAAGACUGUUCCUGCCGGUGAGCCAGUGAGUGAAGAAUGGCUUCCCCCGCCCUGGAUAAUGGAGACGAUACCCAGGAGAUCUCCAUUCCUACCUCAGAUGGGGGACGAGUUGAUCUAUUUCCGGCAGGGUCACCAGGCGUAUGUCCGGGCGGUGCGUCGUGCCAAAGCCUACAGCAUUAACCCUCAGAAACAGCCCUGGAACAGACUGGACCUCAGGGAUCAGGAGUGUGUGAAGGUGGUGGGUAUAAAGUAUGAGGUGGGGCCGCCCACACUCUGCUGCCUCAAACUGGCCUUCUUGGACCCGCUCUCAGGGAAGAUGACCGGCGAGUCCUUCAGCUUGAAGUAUCAUGACAUGCCUGAUGUCAUUGAUUUUCUGGUGCUACAACAGUUUUACAACGAGGCCAAAGAACGCAACUGGCAACCGGGUCAGCGUUUCAGAAGUAUUAUAGAUGACGCCUGGUGGUUUGGAUCAGUGGAGAAUCAGCAGCCGUACCAGCACGAGUAUCCAGACAGCCUUUUCCAGUGCUACGCUGUCAGGUGGGACAACAGUGAGAGAGAGAAAAUGAGCCCCUGGGACAUGGAGCCCAUACCUGAUGAAGCUCCGCUUCCCGACGAGAUCGGCGACAGCGUCCCGGUAACGGAGGCGGAGCUUCAGUCACUACUCUACCAACCGCAGGACGGAGAGUGGGGCGCGCACACACGCGACGAAGAGUGUGAGAGAGUCAUCGACGCCAUAGACCAGCUGUUCACAAUGGACAUAGCGAAGGCAUUCUCCUGUCCAGUGGACCUGAGGGAUUAUCCUCUGUACUGCACUGUGGUGGCGUAUCCCACUGACCUCAGCACCAUCAGACUGAGACUAUUACACCGCUUCUACAGGAGGAUUUCGGCGCUGAUGUGGGAGGUCCGUUACAUCGAGCACAACGCCAGAACGUUUAACGAGCCACACAGCCCCAUCGUCACGGCGGCGAAAGCUGUCACUGACAUCCUGCUGCGCUUUAUUGGGGAUCAGAGCUGUACUGAUAUCUCGGAGCUAUACGAUAAGAUCAAAACAGAGCUCAGCAGUGCUGCUGAAGAAGAGGAGGACGUCGACGUGGACUCUGACACUCCGGGCACGUCAACCGGACAGAAGAAGCGGGGCGUGGUGCUGGACGUGCGAGCCUGGUACGGUCAGUGCAAAGAGCUGCUCAGGAGGAUGAUCGCCAGCCCCGACUCCGAACCCUUCCGCCAACCCGUAGACCUCUUCACCUACCCGGACUACAGAGACAUCAUAGACACACCGAUGGACCUGGGCACGGUGAUGGAGACUCUGUCGGGGGGGAAUUACGAGAAUCCCAUCGAGUGCGCCAAAGACGUGCGGCUCAUCUUCAGCAACUCCAAAGCGUACACGCCCAACAAGAAGUCCCGGAUCUACAGCAUGACUCUGAGUUUGUCUGCGUUCUUUGAGCACCAGAUCAUCUCCAUCAUCUCGGAUUACAAGGUGGCCAUCCAGAACCAGAGACGCUGCCAGCAGAGACUCAGCUACAGCAAGAGACUACAAAACACCAUGCCAGAGAGCCCCAAAGGGAAGCCCAAGUCAGUGAAGAAAACUAAAACACCCCAGCAGCCCAACAGGACGCACUCACGACAUCCGCCUGAAGAUUCGAACCUCGCACUCGAUGAUGAAGAUAGUCAGCCUUCAUCUUCCUCACAGUCCGCAUUGACAUCCUCGUCGUCGGGUCAGCCGUCGAGCAACAGAGUCACACGCAGCCGAUCUCUGAGCAGGAGAGCAGACGCUCACUGCAACGGGCCGCUGACUAACGGAGGUCGGAGGUCACGCAGACAGCCGGGACAAGGAGACUCUUCGGACUCCGAGAGCUCGGAAUCAUCUUCAUCAUCGUCGUCUUCGUCGUCCUCCUCUUCCUCCUCCUCGUCUUCAUCGUCCUCUUCCUCUGAGAGCGAAGCGAGCGACGCCGACAUGGCCGGCUUCACCGAGGGCGGGGAUCACGAUUACAGCAAAGCGUCGCGUCUCUCCCUGGCGCGCAAGACCAAGAUGGCUGCCGCCGGCUUCGCUGCUAACGGCAAGCGGAAAAGAAGAGUUAGAGAAGAGGAGGCGACGGAGCGCCUCAAACGCGCGCGCAGGGAACACACGCAAGUCCAAGCCACCCGGAGCGAGGAGGACGAGGAUGAGGACGAAGAUGAGGAAAACGGAGAGGGUGAAGAGCAGGAGCAUGAGGACGAAGAAGAAGAAGUAGUAGAAGAAGGGGAGGAGCUAGAAGAGGAGGAGGAGGAGGAAGAAGAAGAAGAAGAGGAGGAAGUGGAGGAGGAAGAGGAAAUGAGUCCACAGCCUCAGCUCCCUGCCAGAGGUCAAAGGUCGAAUCAGAGGACGAUGAAAGCGGGGCGUGUAAACACCCGUAACCAAGGGAGACGGACCGUAGUCUAUAACGACGACUCUGAGGACGAUGCUCCCGCCGCCGACCCGCUCAAUCUGGGCACGUCGCGUUCCGGAAGGAUCCGCCGCAUGACCGAGCGAGCCAGGGUCAGCCAUCUGAUGGGCUGGUCACACUGACCUUUGACCUUUUGGUCUUGUUUUUUAAUCAACCUCAGACAUUCAGACUUCACUACAGCAAUACUGCAGGGAUUUUUUUUUGUAGCUGUUAAUGUACAGAUUUUUCUUUUGUUGUUAACGAGACUUUUGUUUACGACUCUGGAGCUUGUGGUGCUGACUCCGUCUCGCUCUGGUGUCCGAUGAACCAAACCAGCCUUACUGUGGGCCAGAGCAUUAAGGAGUCCCGUCCCCCGUCCCCGUCCCCCCCCCCUCUCUCUCUCUCUCUGUCUUAUCUUCUCAUCAGGCUUCAUUUGCCAACGUGGUGCUUUUUAAAUCAAGUCACUGCACUGCAAGCAGGAUGAUGGUGCUGUUCUCUCUCUCUCUCGCUCUCUCUCUCUCCCCCUCUCUUCCUCUCUCUCACCCUUCAUGUUAAUAAAUGGUACAUUAGCCAGCUAGCUAAAGAUUUACAUUUACAUCCCAAACCGCAUCCUUCUGUACUAAACAGUCAAAAUAAUUGCUUUAAAUGUCAAUAUCAUGUUUCACACCGUUCUAUACGGUUUAGGAUGCGACCCGAGAUUUUCAUUCCCUCCAGCUCGCUGUUGCUUUUAUUUUUUCAAAACAAAACCUACUCGACUCCUUUACGGACCGUUCUCUCGGAUCCUCCUUGCGCUCUCUUCCUUUCCUUUAUCCGUUUGCUGAUUAGUUUUAAUUUAAACAAUAAAGAACACCACAGUGAGCUAACAAUCCAAUCAGCUACUUGUUGCCAGGCAGAUUUAAUCAGACAGAGCGGCCUCAUUGGUUGUUUACAGGCUCUCUCUUUGAAUGGUGGAAAUAUCUCUCUCUCUCUCUCUCUCUCAUUAACGUAAAGCUUUACGGAUCAGCUAACUAGUCCGCUUACCUUCCUAAAUCAGAUUUUAUAUUACCUCUGUUCAUAAACGUUAAAAACUAUAAAGGCCAUGUCCCAAAUCUCACUGUGUUAUUUGUUAUUAGCGUAAUGGGGUGAAAGGAAACCAGUUAACAGAAAACAGCAGUAACAAUCAGACAACCAGUAACCAAGAAAGUGAGAUGGCAAGCUUUAUAAAAUCCAGCCAAUCAGAUCCAUGUCGCUAUGGUUAUGGUAUCUGACCGAGCGACGCCAUUGGCUGUUAACCUGAAGCGAUUACUCUUUCCUCAGUGAGCCUUUUGUGAAGCGGUCUCUUUUUUUAAAAAAAAAAAAAUAAAUAAAAAAUUGUUAAUUUAAACGGCAGCAAAAUAUUCCACUUCUCUUACUAAAUGAGACUCUCACAUAAAUCCUGUUUUAAAAAUAAAUUAAAUAAUUAAAUUCUCCGUCCUAAACCGCAUCUCUCUGGAGUAAUAUCGCACGAUUUGGGACAGAGCGCACGGUUAAGUUAAAAGCAGGCAAGCGGUACGGGAAAAUAAGAUGGCCGCGCAGUCGAGGAAACGUCCAAUCAGCUUCUUGUUGCUAUGCAGAAAAAUGAAGAGGUGCUCUCUGAUUGGUCCAAACCUCAGAGGAAUUUUGUUCAUCUAAACGCUUAUUUCUGAGCUAAAUCGUGCACUUCCCUUUGCUAAAUCUGAUCUUCGAUUUAUCUGUGACAGAAGGCCUGCUAGCAAACGUUUUUGCCCCCCUACUAUACUGACUGGUUUGCCUUUCGGAUUAGUACACUGGAACGCCAUUUGGGACGCAGUCGCGUAGGGAUUUCAACUCGCUCAAGUCAUCUUAUUUAACUGUUUGUUCUCUCCCUCUUUCUUUCUCUCUCUCUUUCUACUUCCCACCUUCAAAUCUGGGGUCUGUCCCAAACGCCAGUCUCGCUAGCGUUCUUAGUAGAAUGUUGACCAAUUUUACGACGCGUCCCAAAUGUAGAACGUCUUCUAGUGAUGUUUUCUUGAUGCUUUUGAGCAGUCACAUGGUGUAGUCUUGGUGGCAUCCCAUAAUGCACUGCAAGCAAGCUUAUGUAAGUCUGUAAAGUUAGCAUAAAUUUAGCCAAGUUAUCGGUGUUGUGUAUGUAGAUGUCAAGUGUUUUUAGAAUGCUGUCUUGCUAGCCAUCGAUUACUAGCGAUGUUAGCUUAGCCAGCCUCCUAAACACAGCAGUGCGCUAAUGCUGCUUACUGAUGAAUUUGCUAACAUUUAACGUUACCUCUUAGCUUCGUUAUAAUUCUAGUAAGAACGCUAUGCUUAAAGACUAGCAUUUGGGACACCCGGGAUUUUUCUUUUUUCCAAAUCUUCCAAGCUGCAUUAACUACUUCCAGGUCAUGACUUUGACUUCCUGCCCACACGAGCAUCGAGAGCUUCGAUACACCGAGUGUCUGCACACACACACUGUUUUUACAAUGGAGUAUAUUUAUAUUUGUACUAUACACUUACACACGUUGUGAUUCAUACUUAUCAACUGAACUCGAUCCAGUGACGUUUGCACAUGUUACGGCAGCUCAAAAAAAACAAAAAGAAAGGGAGUUUGGGCGGGCUCUAAAUCCUGGCUCCUCAUUGGUUGAGAGUCUUCACAAACCAGAGCUGGGGAAACUCAAAGCAUCAGAUGGACGACUGUUGUUCUUGGUAGUUUUUUCCCCUUUUUUAAAUUUUAUUUUAAUAGAGUGACUUUUCCACUUUUUUUUUUCCUCUUAAAUUUGACCUCUGAAAACAGGAAGUGGUGCCAAUCUAAGGACUCAUGGGAUCUUCCAGAUCUUGCAGAUCUCCACUCUUUUGAUUCAGCAGGGAGUGUUUUUGUGUUUAGGUUUUUUAUUUUUUAAAUAAAUGGUGAUUCCUAUUGGUCGGCAGGUUUAUUAUUUUUGGGGUCUGUGGGUGUGAGAGAUUGAAAACUUUACCUGGACUCAAGUCAUUUAAACUGGAUCCUUUUCCUAUUUAUUAGGUAACUUGUUUAAUCUUCGGGCUCUUGGACAUCCCCGUGGUGCGUUCACUGCUCCGUGGCGUUGUUAUUGUAUUCUUCGGUUUCUCAGUAACCAAAACCUUUUCAUAUGUAAUCGCUGCGUUGUCGAGGUUGAGGCAUUAGUCAGCGGAGCAGAGGUUAUGUAUAAUCAGGCAAUCACACGCUGGAUGUGCAAAUUCACAGUUUAGAAACAUUAGCAAAAGUAGCCAGCGACACAUGCAGCACUAGUUAGCUUAGCUAACAAAUAUAUUACCUCUAAUGUCUUUAUGCUGUCGUGGUGAUAUCAUGUGCUCAAAUUUGUAAAAAGUCUGGAAAUUCUGAUGUUGCUAGGCAGGUUUGACGGAGUUGACGGAGCGAUGCUAUUGGCUGUUACCACUCUCUGUGAUUGGUCUAAAUUUCUUUCACUAAACGGCCAACGUAGAAGCGUCUGACAUUGAGUAUUCGAUGAGAAUUUCGACCAAAAUAUGUUGUUUUUUUUUAAACCAUUAUUGAUACGAUACAUCAGGAUAUUCACCCUGCUUAAUGUUCUCACGGAAUCUGAUCAAGUUUCCUACAUAAAAUAUCGUACGACUUCUAAUAAUCUUUAAAUGUAUUAUACUAAUUUAUAUAAACAAUAUCACAAUAAAAUUGAAACCAUGCCAUGAGCUAAAAUCAGGUCAAAAUUCCGACAUGUAAUACAAGCGAAUCCUCACUUUACAAAUAUCAAGUCCAAAAACAUUAUUUAAAAAUAUUUUGCUUGCAGGAAGGUUUUUCUUUUUGUUUUGUUUGUUUGUUUUUUUUCUGGACGAUGAUGGUGUUUCAAUUAUUAUUAUUUAUUUUAUGGCAAGCAAUUUGAAAUGCAUUUCCAAUGACAUCAGAGCAGUUCUGUCUUGAAAGACUUUAUUUAUAGUAUUUAAACGUACUUGUUUAAAGUUGUUCAUAUUCACUGGUUUCAUUCUUUCUUUUUUUUUCUUUCAUCGACAUGAUGUUAGUGUUCAUGAAUUCAUAAAAUUCAGUGGAGAGACAUCCUGUACAUUUAAUUUUUGGGGGGGUUUUUUCACCCUCAUUCACAUGGACCCAGAUUCAGUAAACGUGGAUGUUCGAGCCGCGUGUUCAGUACUCCUCAAUACUGUGAUUACUUGAUCGUUAAGGACCGCCGUAAUUGCAAUAGUAUUGUAUGUUUUCAUAUUUCUACUCAGUAUGUCUAAACAUUGCGACCUGUCCCACUCCAGACUCUCUGUCCAAAGACUUUCUUUUUUUUUUUUUCUUUUUUUUCCAUGUUUCCCCGCUGUGUAACCAACUGAAGUAGUUCAGGGCCAGUUCAUGUUGGUGAUGGUGAAGAUGAAGACCUGAUGUAAGAAAUGUGUGCGUGUGUGUGUGUGUGUGUGUGUGUGUGUGUGUGUGUGUGUGUGUGUGUGUGUGUCUACUUUUUGUACACAGAUUCUGAGAGGUUUGUUUUUGUUUUUAAUAAAAGGGUAAAACUG